AUGGCCAAAAAAAUGACCAAGGCCGAGCACGCAGUCUGGCGACAUGAAAGAACUGAAGAACUCAUCAAAGUUUCCAUUGGCCUCCGCCCGCAUUUCCAGUUCUUCCGCACUCUAACCAUCCACGACAAAUUGCCAUGGAAGAGGAUCGUCUGGGCCUACGAGAGCGGGAUGGAGCUCGUCCAGGACGAGUUUGCACUGAUGGAACGCUUUGAACAAGCCAGGGAAUGCCACAACGAGCCUACUACAGCCGAGAAUUUCCAAGACGACGUCAUUCUCCACAAGAUGUACCUGGCCUUCGAGUGGCUCCGUGCGUUUACAGACCGGGCAGACAACCAUCUCUCGGAGCUCCUGGACGGUUUACAUCAACUUGGACCCCCAACACAUACGCAUAAACGCAUCAUCAAGGUUCUUGCUCGUGAACCUGGCGACUUUGAGAUUCUUUGGAAGACUGCGUGGUUGACAUGGGACUACUAUCGGUCUGAGCAGGAGGAGGCGGAACACGGUCCGCUGGGACGCGGUGUCAGGAGGGCGUGCAGACGCGAUUAG